AUGAUAACAAACUUAUUUUCUGUAUUUGACCCUUCAACUACUAUUUUCAAUAUAUCAUUAAAUUGAUUUAGAACUUUUAUUGGUCUUUUAAUUAUCCCAUCAACAUUUUGAUUAAUACCUAAUCGAUUCCAAAUUAUUUGAAAUAAUAUUUUAUUAACUCUUCAUAAAGAAUUUAAAACUCUUUUAGGGCCAAAUGGACAUAAUGGAAGAACUUUAAUAUUUGUGUCUUUAUUUUCUUUAAUUAUAUUUAAUAAUUUUUUAGGACUAUUUCCAUACAUUUUUACUAGUACUAGUCAUUUAACAUUAACUCUAACAUUAGCUUUUCCUUUAUGAUUAAGUUUUAUACUUUAUGGUUGAAUUUGCCAUACUCAACAUAUAUUUGCCCACUUAGUUCCUCAAGGCACCCCUCCUAUACUAAUACCUUUUAUAGUUUGUAUUAAAACAAUUAGAAAUGUAAUUCGUCCUGGAACUUUAGCUGUACGGCUUACAGCUAAUAUAAUUGCAGGACAUCUUUUAAUAACUCUUUUAGGAAAUACCGGCCCUAUAUCAACAUCUUAUAUUAUUUUAUCUAUAAUUUUAAUUACUCAAAUUGCUUUAUUAGUACUUGAAUCAGCUGUAGCUAUUAUUCAAUCUUAUGUAUUUGCUGUUUUAAGAACUCUUUAUUCAAGUGAAGUAAAUUAA